AUGGACCGCCACCCGCUGGACCAGGAAAGCUUGCCCCCUUCACUCAGUUACUUAGAAGGUGAUACCCUCAGUCAGUCACAGCCAGAAGUCUCUAAAAUGUUUUUGUUUGGGCUUCUGUGCCUGGCAGCAUUGGUGAUCAUUUCUUCUACCUUUACGAUCAGGAGGACAGGGAAUGAUGAAGUAUUGUCCACCUUAGAUGAAGGAAAUCCAAGAAAAGGCAUCCCAGAAAUCAAUGCAGCAACAGGAAGGAAGUUCUUUGAAGGUGACAUUAUCUUGUCGCUAGAAAAAAAUGCACUGAGGAACACCUCCUAUAGAUGGAAAUUUCCAAUUCCGUACAUAAUGGGCAACAGCUUGGACCUGAAUACUAAAGGUAUUAUCCUGCAGGCAUUUGAGAUGUUUCGACUCAAGUCUUGUGUUGACUUCAAACCCUAUGAAGGAGAAAAGACAUAUCUCCAAUUUGAAAAAUUGGAUGGAUGCUGGUCUUAUGUGGGUGAUCUUCAGUAUGGCCAGACAGUUUCAAUUGGAUCCCGCUGUGAAUAUAAAGACACCGUAGAGCACGAAGUCCUGCAUGCUCUUGGGUUUUAUCACGAACAGUCACGGACUGAUCGAGAUGAUUACGUUCAAAUUUGGUGGGAUCAAAUCAUUGAUGGUCAGGCAUAUAACUUUGACAAAUACGAUGAUAGCUUCAUUACAGACCUAAACACCCCCUAUGAUUAUGAAUCAAUCAUGCAUUAUGGACCUUAUUCAUUCAAUAAAAACAGCAGCAUUCCCUCAAUUACAACUAAAAUACCAGAAUUCAAUGACGUGAUUGGGCAAAGCCAGGAUUUGAGCAGAAUAGACCUAGAAAGGCUUAAUCGCAUGUACAACUGUGCUUCUAGUCUUACCCUUCUUGACCAGUGUACCUUCGAGUCCAUUAACAUCUGUGGCAUGGUGCAGAGUAGGAGAGAUGGUGUUGACUGGCAGCGCACCCUGACUACAACCAGUGGCAACAACUUGGAUGGCCACUGUGAAAAGAGGGGAUAUUUUAUGCGCUUGGAUACCACAACAGGGCUUGCAAACGAAGCAGCCAUUUUGGAAUCCCGUAUCCUGUACCCAAGGAGGAAUACAAAGUGUCUGCAGUUUUUUUACAAAAUUGAUGGCAGUCCAAAAGAUAAGCUUGUGGUGUGGAUUAAAACUGAUGAUGGAAAUGGAAAUAUUAGAAAGAUGGUGAAACUACAUUCAUUCUAUGCUGAUGGAGAACAACGGUGGAACUUGGCAAACAUUCCUUUUAACAGCCAGACCAAAUUCCGCUAUGUUUUUCAUGGCAUUAAAGGAGACCCAUCCACCUCUACUGGUGGAAUUAACAUGGAUGACAUCAGUCUGACUGAAACACAAUGCCCCACUAACAUCUGGCAGAUAAGAAACUUUACUGCUCUUUUAUACAACACCCCCAGAGGAGACUAUAUUCCAAGCCCAUUAUUCUAUAAUUCAGAGGGCUAUUGCUUUGCGCUCAGGCUCUAUCCGUAUGGUCUACCCAGCUCCAGUGGAAGUUACCUGGGAAUCAUGUUUGCUCUGUGUAGCAGCGAGGAUGAUGGAGGCCUAGAGUGGCCAGCUGGAGACAGGCAAGUGACAUUCACCAUAGUGGAUCAAGAUCCUGACCUCACUCAAAGGAUGUCUGCAAGCCGCAGCUUUGCUACAGAUCCUAACCAACUUAAUAGCCUCAAUGGCACACUAUUUUGGGAUAAACCUUCCAUUACUGGGUCUUUUGAUACCUUCUAUAAUAAUUACAUAGGCCCAUUCUGGGGCUGGAACUACAUCCUACCACACAGUGAAUUGCAUCGGAAGAAUUUCCUAAGAAAUGAUGAAUUGAUCAUCUUUGCAAAUUUUGAAGUUGUUGAAGAUCCAGGUAGUAUUUUAUAAGCUACUUGACCAUAUGUCCAUGGAG